UCUCUCUCUCUCUCUCUCUCUUUCGUGUGCCUUAGAAUAGAACCAUGGCCCUGUUUCUUCUUCCUCCGCACCUCCAAGAGAGAAAUGGAUGCACGUCUGACAGAGAGAUGUCUUAGAGAGAGAGAGAGAGAGAGGUGGUUUUCUCGUUAAAAUAUUGCUGAGCAACUAUGGUGGGGAGUAAGACAGAGCACCUAUGGUGGGCAGUAAGAGAGAGAAGCAGCUCCAAAACCCAUUUAUGUACUCAUAAUCUAUUUCAUCAAACGCUUGCUGCUUAUUGAAUGAUUCAUACUGAGCAUGGUUUGUCCGCCCUCAAAAAGUUGCUAAAAUUUGAUCUCAGACUAUUCGGAAUGCCCCCCUAAUUGCUCCCUUGCUCUUUGGAUAUUUUAGGAGAUGGGUUUCUUUCGCUGUCUCACGGUGGGUACUAUGAUGUAUGCCAUUUUGGGGUAUAUUUCCUUCAAAGGUGGAUUAUCAAUACAGAAUAGAAGUUUAUCAAGAUUUACGUAACCACCAUAUAAAUAAUAAUAAUGAUUCCAGCACCAAUAUCUUCUGGUAGAACACUUCAUCCUUGGUUUCAUAUGAUAAACCCUAAUCAUGCGGCAUUUGAUCCUUUUUGGGAAGGCGAUUAUAUGUAUGGCUGUAUACAGAACUUACAGGACACCAUCGCCCUCUUGGAAGCCGUACAUGAAGAACUGGAGAUGCUAUCAUUUAUUCAAGCAAAGGGACUGAUAAAACAAUAUUUAAAUAGAACUGGUCCACCUUCUUUGUUACAAAAUGGCUGCAAUUCAUCUCAUUCUUUUGCCUCUGCUGCUUCCGAUGGCUCAGAAAUUUCAAGAAAUUAUGAGAUUUUGUUGCAUAAGUUUUUGGGAUUGAUAGAGAGGAAAGGGGUUGACUUGGAUACCCAAGUGGGCCUCUCGUUAGAAUCAGCCAACUCUUUGUUUUUGAAUUUGGAGACCCAACUUGUUCGAUUCAGCGCCAUCACAGAAGAAACUAGUUCAUGGGAGCAAAGGUCAGCUGCAAUUAAACUGGCAAAUAAGAUACAGAAAUCCAAGCGUAAUAGAAGGUGGAGGAAAAAUAAAAGGAAACAUGUCGCUGAGAUGCGUCUCAAGGAACGGGCAAGGUAUGAUGAAGCGGAUCAGGCUGCUGAUGAAUGGAGGGCUAGGGAGAUCGCAAAGGAUAUUGCAAGACGUAAGAUGGAAAAUAUGAAGGCUAUUGCAAAGGUUAAAGCAAAUGAGGAGCGGAAAAAACUUGAAUCUGAGGCUUUACUUCAAUUACAGCUUGAACUUGUUUUGAUUGUUGAAAAGCUGCAAGAGCUUCGCUCCAUCAGGAUCCAAAAGUUGCAGAAGCAAGGACAUUUUCUUCCUGAAGAGGAUGAUAAGUUCCUUGAGAGAGUCCGAGUUGCUGUCGAGGAAGAAGAGCGGCAAGCAGCAGCUGCGGCUGACACUUGUGCUGCUAAGGAUGCCAUUGCAAUUGCUGAGGAAUCUCGACAAGCAGUCCUAACUGGUGGUUCUGAUGUCAACAAACACUUGGAUAUGGAUAGUUACAAAACUGGAGAGAGAGCAAGCAGCGGCCAAUUCACAAACAAGGAAUGUGGGAAAAGCUUGAGCGAUAGAACUCCCUCUAAUGGAUCUGAGCAAAGGCUAGAGGGGAAGACAUUUGGUGGAGGCUAUGACUCUGUGACCAAUUUGCCAAUAGAGUUCUACCAUUACUACCAUGGAAGCAAUACCGACAUUGGCACUCUAAUUGAGGUUCGAAGAACUUGGGAUGCUUACAUUCGACCUGGUGGCAGUCGGAUACCAGGGCAUUGGGUUGAGCCCCCACUGCCUGCGGAUGACAUAUGGGCUUCUUACCUGGUGGACACAGACAAUGUAAAGCAAUGAGUUGUUAUUUAAUGGAUUUGCAGGUGAUAAUGUUUAUGGGGCAUUUUAAUUUCAAAUUAAUUGAGGUGUUAUCCCAAUCUAAGCUUGCCUUGCUGCUACAAGUUCUUCUUAACCUCUGUCUUUUUUCUUUUUUUUUUUAAAGAAAUGGUUGUCUUUUAUGUAGAGUGUUUUCUCCUAAGGGGUACCCUUAAGAAUUCCAAAACUAUAACAAAAUUAUUUAAAUAUUGCUAGAGUUCCCAACAACUUCGUAACCGCAUGGAUGCUUUGGCAUAUGCAUCUGCAACUUUAUCAUUUGGCUGUAAUGAGGGUCUCAAAUUUGUAACUUCUUGCAACUCUUCUGAAACCAUCUUGUCUCAGUUUGUGAUAAGGAAGAUCACCAGGAAUAUUGUAUAAAUGGUAUAUUAUUUGGGAGGCCUUUUUAUGUGCCUCCACUCAUAUAUAAAAUUCAUGUGACAGCAAUUCUCAGC